AUGAAGAAAACCUCCGGGGGACCGCACCUUGUCGAUGCGGCGCUGAACCUCACCGACUGUGUCUUUCGCGGUGUUGACUGGAAAGGGCGCCGGGUUCACGCGGACGACCUAGAAGAGGUCCUUCGGCGGGCGGAGCAGCAGAACGUGCGGCAGAUGAUUAUCACCGGCACCAGCCUUGUGCAGUGCGUGAAGGCCAUACGCCUUUGCCGUCGCUACCCCUCACGGCUGCGCUGUACCGUUGGGAUUCACCCCGCCCACUCCGCCGAGCUGAUGCGCCCAUUGGACUGGGUGAGCGUCGAGGAGGCUGCUGGGGAUGAGGCCUCGAUUCAGACACCGCAACCCCCCCUUCCCGCCACCGAUGCCGCGGAACAGGACCGCUGCACGCAGGAGCGGCUGCGCAAACUCGUGGAGUUGGUCGGGGCGAACCUGGACGUCGUGGUGGCUGUGGGGGAGAUUGGUCUCGACUACGCCGAACUUGCAUACUGCCCGCAGGACGUGCAGCAAAAAUAUUUUCUUCAACAGCUCCGUGCCUUUCGGUCGCUGCGGCUGCCGUUUGUUUUUCAUUCACGCGACUGUGGCACGGACUUUGUGCGGCUCCUUGAGGAGGAGCGGCUGUCGUGGCCAGACGAUAUUCCGCUCGUCGGUGUAGUGCAUAGCUUCAACGGACCCCUCGAGGAACAGCAGCGACUGCUGGCAAUGCCUGGCAUCUACUUCAGUAUAAAUGGAAGCGGAUUUAGGGAGAAGCGCACUGCGGAGCAGAUUUGCCGUCUUCCGUUGGAUCGAGUGAUGCUAGAGACUGAUGCACCCUGGUGCGAUAUUCGCAAAAAAGAUUACGGGGCACAGUUUGUGCGAACGCGUUUCGCGACUAGUCGCAAGGGGGAGCCUUUUUUGCCAACGCUGUGUCGUGAGCGCCGCAAUGAGCCCUGCCACCUGCGACAGGUGUUAGAGGCGUACACUGGCGCACUGCGUCGCUUUGGGCUGGAGACGGCGGACGAGACGUUGCGGGACAUCACAGAGGAGGAGGUUGUGCGGCGCGUGUACGACAAUUGCGCCACCGUCUUUGGACUUGACGCCGCCGCAAACGUUCUCGCAUAA